AUGAAGAGAUCAUGCACUUACCAAGUUGAAGAAAUGCAAGAAAAUUAUCAGAGAAAUAGAAAACUGCAAGAACUGCCCAAAGUAAGACAGCAAGUUGUUGGACCUAUUGAGAAAUUUCGCUUUGCUGAUGGACUGGACAUCACACUCAUGAUCCUAGGAUUACUAGCAUCACUGGUAAAUGGGGCCUGUCUUCCUGUAACGUCACUGAUUUUAGGAGAAGUGAGUGACAGCCUUAUCAGUGGAUGUCUAGUCAAAACCAACACAACAAAUUAUCGGAACUGUACUCAGUCUCAAGAGAAGGUGAAUGAAGAUAUGAUUGUGUUGAUCCUGUAUUAUGUUGGAAUAGGAGUUACUGCCUUGGUUUUUGGCUACAUACAGAUUUCCUUUGGUGUUAUGACUGCAGCUUGACAGACCAAGAGAAUUCAAAAACAGUUUUUUCAUUCAGUUUUGUCUCAGGACACCAGCUGGUUUGACAGUUGUGCCAUCGGUGAACUUAAUACUCGCAUGACUGAUGACAUCUACAAAAUCAAUGAUGGUAUUGGAGACAAGAUUGCUCUGUUGUUUCAAAACAUGUCUACCUUUUCUGUUGGCCUGGUGAUUGGUUUGGUGAAGGGCUGGAAACUCACCCUGGUGACUCUGUCCACAUCACCUCUUAUAAUUGCUUCAGCAGCCAUGUUUUCUAGGAUAGUUAUCUCAUUGUCCAGUAAGGAAUUAAAUGCUUAUUCCAAAGCUGGGGCUGUAGCAGAAGUCUUGUCACCACUCUGAACAGUCAUAGCCUUUGGGGCCCAGGAAAAAGAAAUUCAAAGAUAUACUCAGAAUCUAAAAGAUGCAAAGAAUGUUGGCAUGAAAAAAGCUAUAGCUUUGAAACUCUCUCUUGGUGCUGUGUACUUCUUUAUGAAUGGAACCUACGGACUUGCUUUUUGGUAUGGAACCUCCUUGAUUCUUAGUGGAGAACCUGAUUAUACCAUCGGAACUCUCCUUGCUGUUUUUAUUAGUGUAAUCCAUAGUAGUUAUUGCAUUGGAGCAGCAACCCCUAGCUUUGAAACCUUCACUAUAGCCAGAGGAGCCACCUUUAAUAUUUUCCACAUUAUUGAUAAGAAAACUGCUAUAGAUAAGUUUUCAACAACAGGCUAUAAAUUGGAGUGCAUAGAAGGAAAUGUGGAAUUUAAAAAUGUUUCUUUCAGUUAUCCAUCCAGACCAUCUAUCAAAAUUCUGAAAGGUCUGAAUCUCAGAAUUAAGUCUGGAGAGACAGUAGCCUUGGUUGGCCUCAACGGCAGUGGGAAGAGUACAGCAGUCCAACUUUUGCAGAGGUUAUAUGAUCCUGAUGACGACUUUAUCACGGUGGAUGGUAACGACAUCAGAACUUUAAAUGUGCAGCAUUAUCGAGAACAUUGUGGAGUGGUCAGCCAAGAGCCUGUUUUGUUUGGGACCACCAUUAACAACAAUAUUAGAUAUGGACGAGAUGGCGUGACUGAUGAAGACAUUGAGAAAGCAGCAAAGGAAGCAAAUGCUUAUGAUUUUAUAAUGGAGUUCCCCAUGAAAUUUAAUACCUUGGUAGGGGAAAAAGGAGCUCAAAUGAGUGGAGGACAGAACAGAAUCGCGAUUGCUCGAGCUUUAGUUCGAAACCCGAAGACCCCGAUCUUAGAUGAGGCUACUUCUGCCCUAGAUACAGAAAGCGAAUCAGUGGUUCAAGCCACACUGGAGAAGGCAAGGAAAGGUCGGACUACAAUUGUGGUAGCUCACCGGCUUUCCACUAUUCGAAGUGUAGAUAUGAUUGUGACUAUAAAAGAUGGGAUGGUGGUGGAAAAAGGAACACAUGCUGAACUAAUGGCAAAACAGGGUCUAUAUUAUUCACUUGCAAUGUCACAGGAUAUUAAAACUGAUGAACAGAUGAACUCAAUGGCAUAUUCUACUGAAAAAGAUAUCAGCUCAAUUCCUCUGUGCUCUAUGAAUAGCAUCAAGUUAGACUUUACUGACAAGUCUGAGGAAUCCAUCCAAAAUAAAGAGACAAGCCUUCCUGAAGUUUCUCUUUAAAAAAUUUUUAAAUUAAACAAGUCUGAAUGGCCUUCUGUGGUUCUGGGGACAUUGGCUUCUGUUCUAAAUGGAACUGUUCAUCAAGUAUUUUCCAUCAUCUUUGCAAAAAUUGUAACUAUGUUUGAAAAUGAUGAUAAAACCACAUUAAAGCAUGAUGCAGAAAUUUAUUCCAUGAUAUUUGUAAUUUUGGGUAUUAUUUGCUUUGUCAGUUAUUUCAUUCAGGGAUUAUUUUAUGGCAGAGCAGGAGAAAUUUUAACCAUGAGAUUAAGACACUUGGCAUUUAAAGCCAUGUUAUAUCAGGAUAUCUCCUGGUUUGAUGGUAAGGAAAACAGCACAGGAGCCUUGACAACAAUAUUAGCCAUAGAUACAGCACAAAUUCAAGGAGCAACGGGUUCAAGGGUUGGUGUCUUAACACAAAAUGCAACUAACAUGGGACUUUCAGUUAUCAUUUCCUUCAUAUAUGGAUGGGAGAUGACACUCUUGAUUCUGAGUAUUGCUCCGGUACUUGCUCUGACAGGAAUGAUUGAAAUGGCAGCAAUGACUGGAUUUGCCAACAAGGAUAAGCAAGAACUUAAGCAUGCUGGAAAGAUCACAACUGAAACUGUGGAGAAUAUACGCACUACAGUGUCGUUAACAAGAGAAAAAGCCUUCGGGCAAAUGUAUGAGGAGACGCUUCAGACUCAGCACAGAACUACCUUGAAGAAAGCACAGAUCAUUGGAACCUGUUACGCAUUCAGCCAUGCCUUUGUAUAUUUUGCCUAUGCAGCAUGUUUUCGAUUUGGAACUUAUUUAAUUCAAGCAGGACGAAUGACCCCAGAGGGCAUGUUCAGAGUUUUUACUGCAGUUGCAUAUGGAGCUAUGACCAUUGGAGAAACACUUGUUUUGGCACCUGAAUAUUCGAGAGCCAAAUCUGGCGCUGCACCUCUGUUUGCUUUGUUGGAAAAGAAACCAACUAUAGACAGCUAUAGUCAAGAAUGGAAAAAACCCGACACAUGUGAAGGGAAUAUAGAGUUCCGAGAUCUCUUUCUUCAUCCAUGCCGCCCAGAUGUUCUAAUCCUUCCCAGUUUAUCCCUCAGCAUUGAGAAAGGGAAGACUGUAGCAUUUGUUGGGAGCAGUGGCUGUGGGAAAAGCAUUUCUGUCCAACUUCUGCAGAGAUUUUAUGACCCAGUGAAAGGACAAGUGCUCUUUGAUGGUGUGGAUGCAAAGGAAUUGAACACAGUACAGUGGCUCCGUUCCCAAAUAGCAAUCGUUUCUCAAGAGCCUGUGCUAUUCAACUGUAGCAUUGCUGAGAACAUUGCCUAUGGUGAUAACAGCCGUGUCAUGCCAUUGAAUGAGAUAAAAGAAGUAGCAAAUGCAGCGAAUAUCCAUUUUAUUGAGAGUCUCCCUGAGAAAUACAACACACAAGUUGGACUGAAAGGAACACAGCUUUCUGGUGGCCAGAAACAAAGACUAGCUAUUGCAAGGGCUCUUCUCCGAAAACCAAAAAUUUUGUUGUUGGAUGAGGCCACUUCAGCCCUUGAUAAUGAGAGUGAAAAGGUGGUUCAGCAUGCCCUUGAUAAGGCCAGUAAGGGGAGGACAUGCCUAGUUGUGGCUCACAGACUCUCCACGAUACAGAAUGCAGAUCUGAUAGUGGUUCUGCACAGUGGAAAAAUAAAGGAACAAGGAACUCAUCAAGAGCUCCUGAGAAAUCAAGACAUAUAUUUUAAAUUAGUAAAUGCACAGUCAGUGCAGUGA